CCACGUUAAAAACAGAAAUAAUAAUUCUAUAAACACUUCAGUCAGUUUCUUUACAAGCAGAAUUCAGCGACUUGUCCUCUUUCUCUAUAUUUAGAGGCCGUGCAGAGUGCGGACAAAGUCAGGGGUCCCGACAUGGGGUGACCCUCAAGAAGCCCCCAAUUAACUUGGUAUGCAUUCAUCUAGAUUUUUCAGAGACUGGCAGCUUGCAUCAACCCACCACUCUGGGAGAGACUGAAAUGUCUCAGCAACUGUUGGAUGAACUGUAUUACUUUGGUGAUCUUCCACACACACACAAUACUGCACAUCAUCAACAUGAGCUGGAGAUAGUGGAGCCUCAGUCAACAGACACAACUUCUAAGUAAACUCAGUGCACGUAUGCUUCCUGCAUAAAUCGCUGACAGUUCCUUCUUCAGAAUCUCUUGCGUCACUUUCUGUCAUUUCAAAACGUAGCUCCCGCCCCCUAAAUGUUUGUCUUGGCGUUGAAGUCACUCUGAAAAGCCCCGUUGCGUCACCUGGAAGAGUUUAAAUGCUUCUGCUUCGGGCUGUGUGUUUCAUUGCAAAGACAAGACAGUGGAACUGAAAAAGACUCGGAGCACCUUACUGAAAAAAAACGAGACACAAGGACAACAUGGUUCACCAGCUGAUGUUUGACCCGGAAAACCACGAGCGAAUCCAUGCUGUUGAGAAUUCAUUCGGGCCGUGGGGGAAGCCCCUCUCCCAGCCGGGCCGGGUUCUCAUCGGACAGGGGCACCUGAAGAAGCAGAGCCGUCGGGGGCCACAGCCCAAAGUGUUCUUCCUCUUCAACGAUGUGCUUGUGUAUGGCAGCGUCAUUCUGAGGGGCCACUGGUACAAGAACCAGCAGAUCAUCCCACUUGAGGACAUCCAGCUGGAGGACUUGGAGGAUAGUGUGAGAAUGAAGAACCAGUGGUUGAUCCGCACACCGCGCAAGUCCUUCUACGUGGCGGCCGCCUCGCACGAGGAGAAGCAAAUGUGGAUGGAGCACGUGGAGGACUGCCGGUUCAGACUACUGCAGAGCGGCGGCCGCACACCCGGGUCCACCUUUGCUGUCACCUGGAUCCCCGACCAGGCCGCUGCCAGCUGCAUGCGCUGCUCCGACAAGUUCACCGUGACCCAGCGCAGGCACCACUGCAGAAAAUGUGGCUUUGUGGUCUGCAGCUCGUGCUCCAAGAUGCGGGCAGUGGUUGGACACAUUCACCCCACCAAGCGAAUGAGGGUCUGCGGCGUGUGUCACCAGGGUCUUCUCGGGGCGGAGACAGAGCCCCAGGGGAUGACUCGCCCCGAGGAACAGGGGACUGGCUCAGAUGAAGAGGGAGUGGAAGAGUUCAGUGAAGAAGAGGAGGCAGAGGAGCAACUGGAAGACCAUUACCCCAGCAGCUGGACGGACCCCCAGAUGGACCUCUGGUCCACCUAUGUUUACUUCAAACCAGAGCAUGGGAAGCCCCAAAAAACGAGUCCCUCAGACAUAAACUAAUAACGGGCUUUGGUCCUUUCCUCAUCGUGGUCUCUAUCAGGAGAUGUGGACACAAUGAUGACCGAGGAAUGCUGCAGGUGCUAGUUCAAGGCAUUCUGACUGGGGCAUAAACACGAGAGAGAAUUUAUUUAAAUUAAGUUAAGUUAAACGCUUUUUUACAUACUGUAUUUAUUGAUAUGCAAAGUUUGACCAUUACUGCUUUUGUCAUUAACGCGAUUUGUGGGAACACUACCGAUCUGAAGUCAUGGCGUUCCUUGUCGGGGGAUUUUGAAGUAAGCCUCAGUCUCGCCUCACUGGAUGUUUAUUCAAGUGUCAUUUCAAUUCAAUGUGUUUUUAUGAACUAUGAACAAUAAACCACCUACAAACCAGA